AUGUGGAAAGCAGUAUCCUGCUUGAAUACGUACAGAUGUGGAGAGCAGAAUCCUGCUCGAAUACGUACAGAUGUGGAGAGCAGUAUCCUGCUCAAAUACGUACAGAUGCGGAGAGCAUUCGCUUUCUUCCUCGUCUUAUUCUUCAUCUUCGACUAUUCUUUGUCUACGUCUUUUCUUUUCCGUUCCUCUUUCUUUUUUAUUACUUUUUUUUUCAUUUCUCUUCGCCCUUCUAUCAGUUCCGUUAAUCCUUAUUUCUUUCUUCUCUUUCUCUUACUUCUUUUUCUUCUCUUUUCUCCUCAUACUUCUCCUCUUGCAUCUCCUCCAACACCAUGCUCUCUUUCCUAUUUUUAUUAUUUGCUUAUUCCUCGUCUUUUUUCUUUCUCUCCAUUCUCGUUUUCCUUUUUUAUUGAUAUAUUCAUAUUCUUUCUUUCUUUCUUUCUUUCUUUCUUUCUUUCUUUCUUUCUUUCUUUCUUUCUUUCUUUUCUCUCGAUUCUUCUUUUUCCCUGUUCUUUUCUUUGA